AUGGACAGACUCGCGCCGCCCGCGCGGCGCGCGCACGUCCUCGCGUGCGGACGCGUCGCGUACGAGUGGGAGCAAACGCUGGACGCGGUGUCGGUGUACGUGCGCGCGCCGCCGGGCGCGCGCGGGCGCGACUUGGACGUCGCGCUCGAGCCGACGCGCGCGCGCGUCGGCGUCAAGGGAAACGCGCCGUACAUGGAGCACGAGCUCUGGGCGCGCGUCAAGGCGAGCGAAUCCACGUGGACGCUCGCGGACGGCGAGCUCGCGUUGACGCUGGUGAAGGCGACGCGAGGCGAGGCGUGGCGGUCGCCGUUCGCGGCGCACGGCGACGCGAGCGACGCGAAGGAAGACGAGCGAGAUAAGCAGCGGUUGAUGCUGGAGCGGUUUCAGGCGGAGAAUCCUGGAUUCGAUUUCAGCGACGCGAGCUUUAACGGGCAGACGGUGCCGGACGCGUCGACGUUCAUGGGAGGGUGCGGCGGCGGGUGA